UUUUAGACUAAUACUAACUAGUUUCAGUGUUAUAACAUCAGACUUUCUGAUUUUGAAUAUUAGACAAAGUCUUUGACACCUUUGCCUGCCUCUGAUGCUCAGUUUACCACUUAUAAUUUACAUGUUAAUCAUCUGCAUAAAAACUAAUUGGUGUGAGUCAUCUCUAAGCAUGGAUACACUGAUCAGAAUAAUGACCCUGCUGUGUUUUAGUUUAUUUGAAAUGCUAAUCUUGUUUGUCUCAUUAUCAGAGUUGUAUAUAACAGGGGUGUAAUAUGUGUGACCCUGUGGUCUCCAUGAUGCUGGUUCAGAUGUUCUAAUGAGACAAAAAUCCACAAGUAUGUCUUUACAUGAUCAUCAUGAAAUGUACUUCAUCAGAGGCCUUAUCUGCGAAAAUGUAAUUAUCUGUCCACAAAGUCCAAUCAGGUGUUAGUGGGUGUCUUUUCACUGCGUGCCCUCCUGUUACCUUCCACAGCUGAUGACAUUAUUCAGUUAUUCUAAAUGCGUGUAGCGCAGUCUGGAAUACAGAACGAACAUCUUCUACCAGUCGGUCCCUCCGCUGUUUUCUUGUGUAUAUUUGUUUGAUGACACACAUCCAAUGCACAACCACAUCUGCCGUGACCUCUCGCGCACACGCACCUCCGCACGCAUACGCUCGCGCCCGAAGGCCACCGGCGCGCGGAGGAGAGGCUGUCCGCGCGACACUGACGUCAGAUACGAGUGUCAAUGGCUUUGCCAGAUUAUGUCCAUCACUUUAUAAGUGAGAAAUCGGCGGAUGGAGCCUGUCAGUCUCCGAUCAUCCACAACCUGCAGCCAUGUCUCACUCCAUGUUGCCCCUGUGCGUCCUGGGAUUCAUCGCGCUCUCCUCCGCGUGCUACAUCCAGAACUGUCCUCGAGGAGGCAAGAGAGCUCUGCCCGAGACCGGGAUCAGACAGUGCAUGUCAUGUGGUCCUGGGGACAGGGGCCGCUGCUUUGGCCCCAGUAUCUGCUGUGCGGAGGGGCUGGGCUGCCUGAUGGGCUCCCCGGAAACAGCUCACUGUGUGGAGGAGAACUACCUGUUUACCCCCUGCCAGGCCGGAGGGAGAUCCUGUGGAUCUGAGGGAGGACACUGUGCUGCUUCUGGACUCUGCUGUAACUCAGAGAGUUGUGUGGUUGACUCCGACUGCCUGGGUGAGGCCGAGGCUUCAGAACCAGCCCACAGCUCUGUGGGGAGUUUGCCUGCAGACCUGCUGCUGCGUCUGCUGCACGUGGCCAGCAGAGGACAGACUGAGUACUGACACUGUGCCUGGAACUUCAUCUGCUCCUCAGGGACCAGAGGUGCAGCAAAAACCAACAUCAUCCCUGCUCCACUACAAGCCUCGAAACCUUCUAGCAAACCCUGUGCCAAGUCAAACUUUGAACUCUAUUAAUCCUGUAUAAUUAAGUAUCAGUAAGGACGACCUUUGGUCACAAGAGAAUACCUUUAACUUCUUUUGUGAUUGGUACAGUUUUUCUUCUUCCACAUCCUUGGGGUAAGGAAUCAAGAUAAUGCCAGCGACUAUACAUUCCCCAUUUGAUUCCCUCAUAUGAAUGUACAUACAAAUGCACAUACUGUAAACAAAUGUUAUUCUGAAUGAGAGAAAUAUUACGACCACAGUGCUCUAGUUGAAAUAAAAAAGCCACAGAAGAAAAACACUGUACAUAAGUCAGAUAUUGGAGAUUACAGCUGUUAAAGACAUCAGUGUCAGAUAUCUGGAAGACCACACUUGUGCAUUUGCUUCUUGUUUGAAAUAAUAUGUGGUAGAAAUAUGAUUGUAUAUUCACAACAGGGGUGAAACAA